CGUCUAGAAAGUUUUCUCUGGGAAGAGAGGAUCUUCGUCAAUUUCACAAAAUAAUAUGCUGAAGAUACGAUAUCGAUAAGAUAUUAUUUACGAGUCGUAUCAAGAUGUUUACUUGGUUAACCCUGCAGAUAAUCAUGUGGCCGGUAGUCAGUAGUUUAGAAAUCAGCUGUCCAAUUGAAUGUGACUGUCUAGUUCAUCAAUCUUUGUUUAUUAACGCUAAAGUUCAAACCGUGAACUGUUCAUCUCGAGACCUACUAGAAAUACCUAGUGUAGUACCUCUAACAACUGAGUCUCUUCUUCUUCCUGGAAAUCAGUUCUCUGAUCUGUUGAACAACAUCCCGUUCCUCCCACGCCUCUUAGAGCUGGAUCUUUCUAACAACCUAAUCAAACAACUAGGACGUGGGUCCAUCUUCCAAAACCUGACAAAGUUGCGCUUUCUUGACCUGUCCUACAACAGAUUUCGGACGUUGCUUAAUGGCGUUUUCCGUGGCAUCCAUAAGUUGGAAACAUUAGUCAUCUCAGCCGGCCAUCUGAAGUUUAUCGACGAACGAGUGUUUGAUGACAUGAAUAAUAUGAAACACUUGAACUUAAAAGGUAAUUCGAUUCACUCAAUAUCAGCAGAGUGGUUUUAUGAUGUGAUGAACUUGGAAUUUCUUGAACUCGCUCACAACGAGGUUUUCUAUCUAAACGGCGAAACAUUCUCAGCAGUAGUCCAUCUUCGCCAUCUCUCGCUGUCUCAUAACAGAAUUAGAGGAAUUCACGAAAGAGCUUUUGUGGGACUUCGAAAUCUAACAACUUUGCUACUGGAUAACAAUUAUAUAACCGAAGUUCCGUCGGUAGCUCUUCUGUCCAUGAGGUCUUUGAGGGUUCUUCGCUUGGACGCUAAUCCCAUUUCUCAAUUAGGCACAGGUGCCUUUACCCACGUCCCCGUAGAGGAGAUUUCGUUAUCCAACUCAACUACGCUUCAGCUGAUAGACCGUGGGUCCUUCUUGGACCUUCUCAGCCUAGAAAAAGCCUAUCUUUUCAACAAUCCAUCUCUCCAAUAUGUAGACUCUCAUGCUUUUAUCAAUGUACCACAGCUGAGGGUUUUGCUGUUGCACAGAAAUAACCUUUCAGCUCUAAGUCACGAAAUCGUCAAGAGACGCCCAUCCGUACAUCUUACUUUGCACGGCAACCCACUUCUAUGUAAUUGUAAUGUCCGGUGGAUUCGAAAGGCACUCGGUCAAGGUAACAGUUCGUCCGCAGUCUUCUUAGACCCAGACAAGUUAACGUGUUCUCAAACUCAGAAACUGGAUUCGAUCUCCCUUAAGUCACUGAAUCUCGCUGAUAUACCUCCAUUUUGUGAACCAGUCAUGAUUGGUUAUCUUAACAAAACAAUCAAUGCAGAGAUUCGAGAGUCACAAACGUUUGCUUGUCGUGCUUUUGGGAUUCCCCCACCAAAACUACAUUGGAUUCUACCCUCUGGAAUUGUGCUAAAUGAAUCAAACAACAAUUUUCUGACUCCAGGAAAGCAUCCUGGCACUCUAACUCUACACCACUUAAAGCCCAAGGAUUCUGGAGUUUACAAGUGUGUCGCGGAAAACAACGUGAGUGUUGCCUUUAAAAACAUCACCCUCCAAGUCAAGAAUGUUGACAUCGGUUUGUUUCCUCAGAGGGUAUCCUCAACUUUUGUGACCGUUGUGUGGAAUGGAACAGCUAGAAACAACUUCCCAGAGUACGACAUACUUUACAAGACUGACAACCAACCGGGAGAAGAAUAUAAGACUAUAACGGUAAGCUAUGUCCACCGCUCAUACACCAUCAACAAUCUUGAACCAGAUACCAAUUACCAAUUUUGCAUUGCAGUCAAGGAUGAAGAAGAAGGGGACUAUCUCCAACUUUCUUGUGCACAUGCGCAAACACGAGACGCAAAUUUCAUCAUGCAGGGCAUAUACACCACAAGCAAAGGAGCAAUAGCUGUGGUGCUAGGAAUUGUGGCGGGAAUGUUCCUUACCAUCUGUAUGGCAUCCAUGGUUACCAGAAAGUAUAGGCACAGGCACUACGAAACUCCUGAGAAGUCUUUAAUUGGCAACAUGGCUCAUGCACUACCAGAGAACCUCAGCAGUUCCUUGAUGUCGCAAGAUAGUACCUGAAGACACACGGUUAAUAAUAUCUCUUUUUAAGCUUUUGGCGGCUCAUAACUUUUAUACAUCAAGACGAUUCUUGGAGAUUAUUAGACUCUUUAUGGAAGGUAACAUCCGGAGAAGAUAAAAAUAAAACACAAAGUUUCUGUACUGAAAUGGUUGUAUUUAAAGACACAUCUGGAUUUAUUUUGUGGAUGGUGUGAUUCUGUAGCAAGCGAUAAUUUACAACUUCCAAUGUUGAAAUAAUGAUACACAUUUAUUUAAAUUGUAUUGCCAGGGAAAUGUUCAAUGUGAAAGAAACGUGUGGGAUACUGUAAAGCUUUGUGCAAGACAGCAAGGUUUAGUUUUCAACGUGACACGCGACAAAUCACUUUAAUAUGUUAAUCUCAUGGUACAUGAUGGACAACUAGAAGACAAUGUUCGGAAAGCUGCACUUUGGGUUAGCUGUACCGUGCUCACCCUAGGGAUCAAACCUCGAUAUUUAGUGCCACCGCAAGAACAACAGAGGAAAUUCUGGAUUUUUAAUGUGUUAGCCUUAAAACUUGAUUAUGUUAAUAAUAAGAAUAUUUUAACUUUGAAGUUAAAAUUGUAUGUUGUGCUUUUAAACUCUG